AUGUUUCUUCGUAUAGACUUGCGUUGUGAUGGAAACCUCGCGAGAGUACAUCAACGCGGGAUGGUACGUGGAUGGUGACGUCAGAGCAACCAGGUUGGACAGCUAUGGAAUUCCAUUCCGCGAUGUUCACUACUUCUCCUCCAACGAGAUCAGUAAGGACCUCGAAAGAAUCAAAUUUGAAUCGAGCUCAGCCAAUCAUCGACUGCCACGACAUGAUAUCGAUUACGCAUGCGCACAACUGGGCCCACCCCUGUAUACCUUCAUAAUUCGGUACCAAGAGGGAAUAAUGUACAGUCUGUACCCGUCGCCAGGUGGGGUAAAUUGUAAACAAAGUCGGCUGGUUGGAAUGUUUCCGCAAAAUCCACUCGUUACGAACUUUCAGUUCAUCGGAAAUGACGUCAUAGAUGGAAUCCGCGUCGGUCAUUUCCGGAGCGAAUUCUUCCUCUUUACUCUCGAUUAUUUCUUUAACAACGCAACAGGGCUGCCGUCUGCGUUGCUCGUCAACGCGGCAAACAACACUUUCCUGACGUUCGAUGAGGGACAGGUGUCGUCAGAUGUCUUCCAGCCGCCACCAGGUGUCACGUGUCACGGUCCAUAGCAAAGGAAUAUAUCUUCUCAAUAAGCAAUAAUCUACUUCUAUGGCAUUGUGGGUAAGGUCAGAGGUUAAGGCCCCACAGACUAAAUGAAUAUUCACGUGACCAGCGCUUCCAAAGGGUAGUUUACAAUGUAGGGUCCUUGAACUUUGAACUAAGAACACGCGCACUCACAGCUACAAGGUGUCUUACACCUUAUUCAGUCACGUGAAUCUUCCCGAUGUAAUUUUCCUGUCAAUCAACAGAGUGUCAUGGCAACAAGCACGUAUCCAAAAAUCGACGUAGCAUGGCUAAUUCUGUUAACGUCAAUUACAGUAAACCUAAUAAGCCAAUGCUUUUAACACGCCGUUAUUGGCUAUGUCCUGAUUAGUUUCCUGUCAAUCAACAGAGUGUCAUGGCAACAACAUUGAUCGGCAUGUACGUAUCCAAUAACCGGCGUAGAAAGGCUAAUCACAGCGAACCUUGGCCAAUCCUUUUAACAGUGCCACGCCGGUAUUGGCUAUGUCCUGAUCAGAAGUCAGUGACAAGGUCCGGAUAUACUGCUGCUCUUGGCUGUAGGAGUGGACUCCACCAGUCGGCUUGAGAAGUUUGGCCUUCUCGUCGUAGUAAUACCUUAGAUUUGUGUCAUCCUUGUUGGACGGAAGAAUCUCGUAGACGUGGACCCAGUUGCAGAGAUGUAGCAUCAUCACAAUACCUAAAGAAACACAAAGAAUGCCUUUGUAAUUUGCAAAAAAAAUAAAACGUUUCUGUGGCUUUUAGCUGCCUUCUUCAGGGCAUAACGUGUUAUGCCACUGCAUUUCGCAAGGUGGCGCUGAUGCAAUAAUGCCGCCGUCCCAAACGCAAGCUGUCAAAAAGUUCAUCAUGCCCUGAUGAAUGCAGCUAAAAGCGACCAAACCUUUGAGAAGAAAAGACUGUAGUUACGUAAAAGGUGGCAUCAAUUUAAAAUGACAUAUUAAAGCUUUUUU